AAGCGCCUCCCCGUCGCUCUAAAGGACAUUAUAAUGCAAGGGACCUCCUUUUUUAACCACAAACCGAAUUUUGGUUCAUUUAGACGAUAUAUACUUUUGUAAAUUGCCCCAAAGUUGUAGGGAUUUUUUGGAGCACUUUUCGCCCUGGAGCGGUACGCGAUGCUUUCUCACGCCGACCUCCUGGAUGCUCGGCUCGGUGAGUUAUCAUCAAUAAACUCUGGCCCUACUCUCCAGUGGAUGAAGGAUGCUGCAGAGCUACUCGGACAUAGAGAUGCUCUGAAAUGUCGGCUUGGAGGUGGAGUGGCUGAUCAGGGGCAUCCAGGAGACAUGGCCCCCGGCUCAGACUCUGUGGAAGGAACCACUCUCCUGCCGGGGGAAGACAUCACUACAGUGGGAUCCAACUCCACCGGCAUGUCGGUGAACGGGAAGGAGCAGGAGAAGCAGCAGCAGCCGCAGCAGAACACCAGUCAAACCGCCAGUCAGCAGAAACAGAAGCGGCACAGGACGCGUUUCACGCCGGCGCAGCUUAACGAGCUGGAGCGCAGCUUCGCCAAAACCCACUACCCCGAUAUCUUCAUGAGGGAGGAACUGGCUCUGAGGAUCGGGCUCACCGAGUCCAGAGUUCAGGUUUGGUUUCAGAACAGACGCGCCAAAUGGAAGAAGAGGAAGAAGACAACCAACGUCUUCCGCGCACCGGGCACGCUGCUCCCGACCCCGGGCCUGCCACAGUUCUCCGCCGCGGCCGCCAUGGAGAACAGCCUCUGCUCGUUCCACGCCAACGACUCGCGCUGGGCAACGGGGAUGCCGGGGGUCUCCCAGCUUCAGCUCCCGCCGGCCCUGGGCCGCCAGCCCAGCAUGGCGCAGUCGCUGUCACAGUGCAGUCUGGGUCCGGGCCCCCCGCCGAACUCAAUGGGUCUGUCAAACGGGCUGUCCUCCAACGGUUCGGGGCUGCAGUCUCACCUCUACCAGUCGCCUUUCCCGGGGAUGUCGGCCUCUCUGUCCGGUCCCACGAACGUAUCAGGCUCCCCGCAGCUGUGUAGCUCCCCGGACAGUGACAUGUGGAGAGGGACAAGCAUCGCGUCUUUGAGGCGCAAAGCGCUGGAGCACACAGUGUCCAUGAGUUUCACUUAGUGACUCUUCUUUCUGUUUCCACUCCUGCUGUUUAGAUGAAAAACCACAAAUUGAAGCCUGAAACGCGGCAAAAACACGGAGACAAAUGUGACUCAGUAGAAAAACAUAACCGGACACCACCUUUGGACAAAUGAAGAAAACCGAGUUUGUCGCGUUAAUUUGACAGGAAUUGAUCACUCAUUGAUGCUAAAUACUACUGCAAUCAUCUCUAGAAUAAAGGCCAAAUUACUGAGAGCCAAACAAUCGUACUUGUUUUCAUCAGUGUGUCAUUGCACACAUUAUUGUGUUCAAGUGACGUUAGUGUUAUGUCAAAUGGUUAAUAAUAAUAUUGGGCAUAGGCUGCCAUUUGGUACCAAUCCGCCACUCUCAGUGAGCCUUUUAAUCCGGGUCUGGGCAUGCGCAGUGCACGUGGAUUUAAUCAUCAAAAGAGAAGAGGCACUCCCUGAUGGAGCGGCUGAUUUUGUAGGAGGACAAGAGCAAAAGAAAAUCUAAAAAAAAUCUAAAAAAAAUCUCAAAGUAACGAAAGAAAAUUAAAAAA